AUGGUGCAAUUCUCCUUCUAUGCACUCACCCUCCUCAGUCUGACUGGCCUCUUCACCGAUCUUGCUAUGAGUGCCAAAGUCACCAAUCCCAAGAAGGUCCCUAAAAAUGCCGUCCUUCUUUCCAAGGUCUCGGCCCUCACCGUUCGAGCGGGAAAGCAGACUGCGUCCCGCCGUGUGAAGCCGGUUCCUCAGUUGCAAUGUGUAGGGCCGGCCAAUAUCUGCAAACUAUAUGCGGUGGACACGAUGCGUUGUACGAAUGAAGGUGCCGACUAUGACGAGAACAACAUACAAUGGAGCUGCAAAGCCUCACUUCCCGAGGAUUUCAAACUUGGUGCCACCGACGUCUCGUGUGAAGGCUACCUCAGCAGUGACGACCCUUACGUGCUAUCUGGGAGCUGUGGCGUUGAGUACAGGCUACUAUUGACAGACAACGGUGAGGCUAAGUAUGGUUCACAAAUUGGUCCGGGAUCCGGAGGCAGCAAGAAUAGUCUGAGCAAAGCAGCCGAGACCUUGAUCGAUUAUUUCUUCAUGGCCUUAUUUGCGGGUGUGCUUUUCAUCAUCAUACGCAGCUGUUACAGAUCCUGGCGCGAUGAGUCCCGCCGAGGAACAACACCACGGCCGAGAGGAGGAGGCGGCGGCGGCGGCGGUGGCGGAUGGGGAGGUGGUGACGAUCAUCCACCUACCGAUGCCCCUCCACCAUAUUCGGCCCGUCCAAAGAAAGCCACAUGGUCCUCGGCACCGCGAUCAACACCGUCAUCGUCUACAAGAACUCAGCAGGAAGGAUGGAGACCCGGCUUCUGGACAGGUGCAGCCACCGGGGCUGGUGCCGGCUACAUGGCGGGCAGAGCAGGAAACGAGACAAGGACUCAAGCACAACCCCCCAUACCAGAUACCGGAGGAGGCUGGUUCGGCCGCGGCGGCGGCGGUGGAGGAGGCGGCUCAAGCUAUGCUGGACCAUCUACGCCUCGCUCCUCGGACUCUGGUUCGAGUUCCUCGAGUGCAAGACACGAGAGUACGGGCUUUGGCAGCACCUCAAGGCGAUAG